AUGGGACAUUCACAGUUGCUUUGCCGCAGUGUUGUUGAUGAUUUUUGGACUGCGAACGGCACGUAUGCUCAGCGUAGGGGUCGGGGAUCUGAGCCAAUUGGCACUCCCAGGACCAUGGCGCUGGAGACAGCUUUCACCAGUGUCCAUGUGGCUCGCCAUGACCUGGUGGCCUCUGCAAAAGCCCCGGGCCACAGCGCCAGCGCAAGCCAGAAGCCGCUGGCCAGCCUCGGCAGUUCGUCGAGCAAUCUCCAGACCGCUGCAGCCCUUGCUGCCGGCGUGGCAGCAUUUGCUGGAGGGCGUCAGAGGAGAGCCCCUGCAUUUCGACGAUCUACCGUUGGAAGACGGGCUUUUUUUGAUUUCGCAUCGCAGCCUUCCAAGAAGACCGUAAUCAUCACCGGCGCUUCCUCAGGGCUGGGACUCGCCACCGCGAAAGAGCUUGUCAAGAGCGGAGAGUGGCGAGUCAUCAUGGCUUGCCGUGACUACGUCAAGGCAGAGCGUGUUGCCAAAGAGAACGACUUUCCGGAGGACAGCUACAUUGUACAGCACCUUGACCUUGCGGCGAACAACAGCGUCCGCCAGUUUGUCCGCACAUUCCGAACUUUGAAUAUCCCGCUUGAUGCGCUGGUCUGCAACGCUGCAAUCUACUUCCCAAAUGCUCACAAAGAGGGAGCCUUCUUGCCGGGACUCUUCCCAGGGGGUGGUCCAAGAUGGUCGGCAGACGGCCACGAGUUGAGCUUUGCAUCAAACUACUUGGGCCACUUCCUCCUGUGCAAUCUCUUGCUUGAAGACCUGCAAAAGAGCACGAUGAAGCCGGCGCGUUGCAUCAUACUGGGGACUGUGACUGCCAGCAUCAACGACAAGGAGGUCGGUGGCAUGAUCCCACCUGUCGCGGAUCUAGGUGGGCUUGAAGGCCUAGAGGCUGGAAUGAAGCAGCCGGUCACAAUGAUUGACGGCGGACGUUUCAAUGGAGCCAAGGCGUACAAGGACAGCAAGGUUUGUGACGUCAUGCUGAUGAGGGAGCUCCACAAGAGGUUUCACGACAAGACAGGUGUGUGCUUUGCCUCUCUCUACCCAGGUUGCAUCGCUGAGACCAAUCUCUUCCGAGAGCACUAUCCGGUUUUCAGGUUUUUGUUUCCCAUCCUGCAGAAGGAGGUGACCAACGCGUACGUCAGCGAAGAGGAAGCAGGAAGAAGGUUGGCGAAGUGUGUUGCCGAUCCUGCCUACGCUCAGUCAGGUGUCUACUUCAGCUGGGGUGGCGAGUCUGGAACCGGUGGAGCAGGAGGAACCGAUGCGGUGGAGAAUGUGGGCGCCAGCAACGACAAGUUCCUGCAGUACGGCAGUUUCCGGACUCUGAAGGAGAACGAAAUUGGUGGACAAGCUGCCGAUGAAGAGAGGUGUAGGACACUCAUGACACGUUGGGCAGUACAGAGCACCGUGGGACUGCUGGCGCCAGGCUGUGGUGACGGCUUCGACCUGUACUACGAGGAGCAUGGCAGCCCCGAUGCAAUACCAGUGGUGUUUUUGCAUGGGGGCCCUGGUGCUGGCUGCUCUCGACGCAUGGCACAGCUGUUCGACCCGGAGAAGUAUCGGGUGAUCCUCUUCGACCAGCGAGGUUGUGGCAAGAGUUCACGCAAGGACUCGGCCAAUGCAGAGGAUCAGCUUGAGGGCAACACAACUUGGCAUCUAGUCGAGGAUCUCGAGGUCCUAAGGGCUCAUUUGAAGAUCGACCGCUGGGUGGUGUGUGGAGGUUCUUGGGGAACUUGCCUCGCCCUCGCGUAUGCCUCCAAACAUCCUGCCUGUGUCCUUGGCAUGGUACUGCGUGCUGUUUUCCUCUUCCGCAACGAGGAGCUUGAGUACUUCUGCGGUCCGAAAGGCGGUGCGAGAUCUUUGGCACGGGGUGCUUGGGACAGUUUUGCUGGAUGGCUUCCAUGGGCAGAGACAUGCUCUGCCCGUGCCAUUGCGGCCGCAUUUCGUCGAGCUGCCCUGGGCGAGGAUGCGUCCGUCUCACCGACCGAUGCCUUGUCAAAGUGGCGAGCUUGGGAGAACCAUCUGUUUGCACAGCGGGCCAAGAAUUUGAAGCUGCAGCCUUCAAAGUUGUCGUCAGACCUACCCGAAGCGAAAGUACCGGCAAAACCGUGGCCAAAGCCAGGAAAGUUCAAUGUACAGGCCUUGCUUACGCUGCAUUACGUUGCCGAGCGAGGAUUCUUUCCUGAAGGCAGUGAGUUGCUUGACUCAGCUGCGACCUUUGCUUUUCCGUUGAAGCUUGUCCACGGCCAGAACGAUUGUAUAUGUCCAGCAGUCAAUGCAGAGGACCUUGCAAGGGCAGUCGGUCCUAGUGCUGAGUUGUUACUCACAGACGGUGGCCAUUCGCAGUGGGAUGCAGGGAACAUAGAUGCGUUUGUUCGUGCCACUGACCAGGUGGAGUUAGGACGCCAAGCUGUGAUGUGGUUUGAUGUUUUGGAAGUGUGGCUUCGUUUGGAUGGUAAGUUGCACAGCUUCGUGGAGGUUGCGCAAAGCUCAACGCUCUAUGCCGCCAGAUACAGGGAGUAUCAGAGAACCAGGAUGAAGCGGUUGGUGCUCAUGGACCAGCCGACGCGUCAUGUGCAGACAGAGGAGCCCCGUGUGCUUGAGUUGGACUGCAGGAGUCGAGCCGUGGAGGCAACGGAAGGCCACGAGCUCAAGAGCAGGAAGCGCAGACGCCAAGCCGCCAGACAGUCGCAGGAAGAGGAGACGGAAAUCUUCGUUAAUGCUCCACGAUUGAAGACCCAUCCUGACGGAGCAUGUGAGCUGAGGCGGCCUGCCAAACGUCGGCGCAUCCGAUCGCAGCUAGUGCUGCCAGACGGAUGGGAAGUCUACAAAAAGCAGAUUUUCCGAGUGCGACCUCCCCCCGAAGUAUGUCGGGACACUUUCGCCAAAGCUCCUGUUUCCUCGCUUACCGGUGUGUCCGGAGGUGGAAUUUUAGCUUCAUCGGCUAGUUCCACCGGCUCGGCUGGCGUUUCUUCAUCCGCACUGGCGGCACCUGGCAGUAGCAUCUUCACGGGGGGCGGUGGCAGCAGUGGUGGGAUCUUCUCGCUUUCUCCCUCGAGCGGCGCGGCGACUGGUGCCACGAGCGCUGCAUCGAGUGGUAGCAUCUUUGGGACCGCAGCCGGCAGCACCUUCGGUUCCGCCGGCAGCAUCUUCGGACAGGGAGCUGGAGCUGGAGCCGGACCUGCGGGCGCUGCUUUUGGGGCUGCUGCAAGCGCCCAGAGCGGGCCGAGCAUGUUUGCUCAAGCCUUCCAGCAGUCGAGACCAGGUCCCGGUGCCGCGCGGCGCCGGCGGCGUUGA